AUGUCUUCCGGGAACGGUGAUCAACAGCCAGUGAAGCUGUCCCUGCCACUCAAAUACCAGCAAGAGAUAUUCCAAGAGCUUCGCCAAAAGGAUGAGCUCGUUGUCAUUGCACGCGGCCUUGGCCUGCUGCGAUUAGUUACGAACCUCCUCCAUUCCUACGAUGCGGCUGGAAACAACCUGAUACUGCUCGUCGGGGCCGAAGACAGAGAGAACGGAUGGAUUGGGGAAGCUCUGGCGGAACAUGCUGCCAUCAGCAUGGCUCCUAAAGCUAGGGGGCUCAGCGUGGUCAACACAGAUGUCAUGAGCGUGGGCACAAGAGAGAAAAUGUAUAGCCAAGGCGGCAUUUUCAGUGUCACUUCACGAAUCCUCGUUGUCGACCUCCUUACAAGCUUAUUGAAUCCGGAAACCAUUACAGGGUUAGUGGUACUCCAUGCAGACAAGAUUGUGGCUACGUCUCUGGAGGCUUUCAUAUUGCGGAUAUAUAGGCAGCGGAACAAAGUCGGUUUCCUGAAAGCCUUCUCUGAUAACCCAGAGCCAAUUGCCACUGGAUUCUCGCCUCUUUCAACCAUGAUGCGAAAUUUAUUUCUACGGAAUGUGUCAUUGUGGCCACGGUUCCAGGUCACUGUGGGCCAGGCACUGGAAGGCAAGAAGAAAGCCGAGGUCAUUGAAUUGGAAGUCCCUAUGUCCGAUUCUAUGCGCGACAUCCAAAAUGCCAUUAUGGAGUGUGUUGAAGUGAGCAUUUCAGAUCUCAAAAAGAGUAAUUCGGGCUUGGAGAUGGAAGAUUGGAAUUUUGACAGCGCUCUCCACAAGCAAUUUGAUAUGGUUGUCAGGCGGCAGCUAGAUCCAGUUUGGCAUCGAGUCAGCUGGAAAACCAAACAAAUUGUUAACGACUUGGGGGUGCUAAGAGGCAUGCUUCAUAGUCUUCUCACAUAUGAUGCUGUCUCUUUUAACCGCCAUCUCGAUACUAUUCUGGCAGCUCACUCUCCGCCACCAGGAUCUACAAGACAGAAUCAAUCUCCAUGGCUAUUUCUCGAUGCAGCUCAUACCAUAUUUGAUACCGCUAAGCGAAGAGUGUACACCGGGAAAGCAGCACCAGGAGCCACAGAGAAUCUAGAGUCACUUCGACCUGUCUUGGAAGAGCAACCUAAGUGGGCAGUUCUUGCCGAAGUCUUGGAAGAAAUUGACCGAGACCUUUAUUUCAAUCCUACCAUCAGAGACGAUUCAAAUGGAUCGAUACUGAUCAUGUGUAGCGAUACGAACCAGUGUCGUCAAUUACGAGAUUACCUCCAGACUAUGCAUGUCCGAACAGAGAUCACUGAGACAGAUGGUGACGAGGAGACCGAGCAUGAGCCAUCUGCCAAUUUCAUGAUGAGGAAGAGACUGCGCGGUUAUUUCAAGUGGAAGAAGGAGUUUGCAAAAGUUAGUGCGGAAUUAUUCAAGGAGACUCAAAAUUCCUUGAACGGUACAACGGAAACAAAAAGCACAAGCGGUAGCUAUCGAGGGAAGCAACCACCAAACAAGCGACGCCGAGUCCGAGGUGGCGGAAACGCUGGAGCUGGUCCUACACGAGCUGCAAAUGGGAGCAUUCUAGCAUCCGAGGAUAAACCACUUGAAGUCGCUACGCUUAUGACUGAGAUCCAGCCGACGGAAACAGAGGCUGCUCAGAAAGAAGACAUCAUUGCAGAUCCAUUAGAUGACAUGGAGGACUUCUACCAACUCUACGAUACCCAGAAUCUGGUUGUAAUCCAUGCCUACGAUGGGGAUAUGGACGAACAUGUGCUCGAAGAGGUCAAGCCUCGAUACAUCAUCAUGUAUGAGCCAGAUACUUCGUUCGUUCGCCGAGUGGAGGUCUACCGCUCAUCUCAUAACGACCGCAAUGUACGGGUCUACUUCCUUUAUUACGGCGGCUCUGUUGAAGAGCAACGAUAUCUGUCUUCCGUCCGGCGCGAGAAGGAUGCUUUCACCAAACUCAUCAAAGAGAAAUCUAGCAUGUCCGUUGUCAUGACACUCGAUGCUCAUGGCAUCGAAGAUCCCGAAGAGGCCUUCCUACGCACGAUUAAUACUCGAAUAGCAGGCGGCGGUCGGCUAGCCGCUACGGCCCAACCACCUCGGGUCGUCGUCGACGUCCGCGAAUUCCGCUCCUCUCUUCCCUCUCUCCUUCAUGGCCGCUCCAUGGUAAUAGUUCCCUGCAUGCUCACGGUCGGCGACUACAUUCUCUCACCCAGCAUCUGUGUUGAGCGUAAAUCCAUCAAAGAUCUCAUCUCCUCCUUCAAAGACGGCCGUCUUUACAGCCAAGCCGAGACCAUGCAAUUGCACUACAAAUCCCCUAUGCUGCUCAUUGAAUUCGACCAGAACAAGUCCUUCACCCUCGAACCUUUUGCCGAUCUCUCAGGCACAUUGAAUUCCGUCUCCGCGUCCAAUGCCACCUCAGACCUUCAAUCCAAACUCGUCCUCCUCACCCUUGCAUUCCCUCGCCUCCGUAUCAUCUGGUCAUCUUCACCCUACCAAACAGCCGAGAUCUUCGAGUCCCUCAAAACACAAGAGCCAGAACCGGAUCCCAUCGCUGCAGUGCGCAUUGGGCUCGAAGGCGGUCAAAAGGCCGAGGAUCAGAGCUUCAAUAGGGAACCGCAGGACAUGUUGAGGAUUGUACCUGGUGUUACGGGCAAGAAUAUCAAGAAUUUAGUAGUGGAGAUGGGGAGUUUGAGGGAGGUUGCGAAUGCAUCUGUGAAUGAGUUAGAGCCGGCUGUUGGGAGGGAGGCGGGGAGGGUGAUACAUAGGUUUUUCAAUAAGAGUGUGUUGGGUGAUGAGUAG